CACCUGAAGUCAUGUUGCCUUCAUGUUGUUGAAGCAACACGUGGAUCCGCAAAAGAAAAGCCUCGGCUUGGAGGUGAGAUCAGCUGCAGCUUAGAUAGUCGGUGUACCGAAGCAUUUGGCCCAAGAAUGGAACCUUGGUCACUUUUGCCAUGAGAGUGCCGCAUAUCAUUUUGGAUAGCCCUGUGGUGCUCAGCACUGCUGCUGCUUGCACUUUAAUCUAUGGGUUGUCCUUGCUUCAUCCUGGCGUUUUGUCUUGCUUCUCUUGGCCAUCUUGGCGUUUGAGUAGGCUGAGCAUAUGGCUGCCCCUUCAACUGCUCAGCCAUUCUUUGGGUCAUGCUGACUGGGGCCACUUGCAGCACAAUCUCAUGCUGCUUUCACUAGUUGGACCUCCAUGUGAAAGGUUCUAUGGCUCUUCAACUUUGAUGAAAGUCCUUGUGUGCUGCAGCGUUGCAGUUGCAAUUUCCCAUUGGCUUUUGGGCCCUUCAAAUGCACAGAUUUUGGGGCUUUCUGGCGUUGUCUUCGCAAUGAUGAUGCUGAAUGGCUUUUCUGGUUGCAGACAUCGUUCAGUUCCAGCUACAGCCAUCCUUACAGCUUCCCUUUGGCUCGUGGCAGAGAUAGGGCCAUUGCUGCGUGGGCGUUUUGAUGGUGUAUCACAUUUAUCCCAUUUGGUUGGCGCUGUGGUGGGCGGCUACUGUGGCUACGCCAUGGGUCAAGCGGAUCAGCGCACAGGAGGCUCUCGUUUCCAGCAGUGGCUUUCCACUUUGGGGAUCAGGAAGCCAAAGGCAGUGCCUGCCAGCUUUCAUAGCCAAACCCAGCAGAUUGGACAGUGGCUGAGUGGGAAAGCUAGCUGAGAAA